GAGGACGAGUUGGAUCAGGAACGAAAACAAACAACCGAUAUUUUGGCCAAACUGGAAGUACAGCUGAGAGAAAAUGCCAAAUUGAUGGCUGAGGAUCGUUGGACAAUAAAACAAGAGCAUAAUCGACUGGCCAAAUUGCAAACCGCGUUGGAGGAAGAACGUCGUUCCGUAGUGGAUCAAGCUGGACGGGAACGGGAAGAAAUUCAACAUCUCGUGACAAAUUUUCUUGCGGAGCAUCGUAAACUUCAAGCCAAAAAUUCAGAAGAACGACACUUGCUGUCCGCAGAACACCAAAAGCUUCGAGCGGAGCAAAUGGCAUGGGAAGAAACACGACGAGCCGAUGAAGAACGAUUACGUCAGGCCAAAGAAGAGGUGGAUGCAAUCAAAGAGACUCUGGCUGCUGAACGUCGUCGUCUGGACGAACGAACCAACAAACUUCGCAUAGAUGAAGUCAAACUGGAAGAAACACGACGCCAGUUGGAUAUUGUACGAUGUGAUUUGGCUCGAGAACAGGAUGCAUUGAAUCAUCGCAACGAGUAUUUGUCUCAACAGAUGAGUGAAGUAGCGCAGAAGGCAGAAACUGUAGCACAGGCGGAACGCGCGUUGGAUGAAGCCGAAUCGAGACAACGAAAAUUACAAGCGGAACAAAGUAAACAAUUUGCCGAGCUACAAAUGCGUAUGGAAAAAAUGCAUGAGGCUGAAACGAAACUCAUGAUGGAACGAAAAGAAUUAGCACGGGAACAUGCCGAACUGACUCGGUUACGUCAUGAAAUCAGUAAUGACCAGGUCAGAGUACUUUGUGCCAAUUGCCAGGUCCCUGUUCGCGAACAUGACCUAUCUGGGAUGAACAAAUCGCGUUCCCGUGCUGAAUCGGCUAUGAGAGGCAAAACACGCAAAAGUCGAAUGUCUGAAGUGGAUUUACGUGCUUCCAUGAUGGAUGAUGAAACAUUGAGAAAGUUGAGAGCUUCGCAGGAUGAGGAUGCCAAUUUUCUGGCCGCCGAAAAGCGCUAUCUGCAACGUAUUAAACAAGCCACCAACGAACUGAUAGCCAAAUGA